ACCCCGCUGGGUGAGCUUUUCACUCCAGACCCCUGUGUAGGAGGCCAGGGUACAGGAAGACACCCAGCAGGGGAAGCAGACAGGUAGAGGGAACGGGGGCUGCUGGCCCUGCUUCCUUCACUUGGAGGCAGUGCGGUCAUUUGGUGGUUAAGAGCACGGACUCUCAGCCAGACCAAACCUUAGCAGGUUUGGAUCCCUGCCCGGCAACUCAUUAGCCUCACAACCUUGGUUAGAUUGUUUAACCUUCCUUUGCCUCAGUCUCCUCAUCUGCAAAAUGAAGAGAGCAAAUAGCAUUCUGCCUCAGAGUUAUGUAGGGAUUAAAUGAGGCGCCGAGAACACGGUCUGGCACAUGGUAAGUGCUGCCUGUGUGUUUGCUAUUACUGUUAGGUAUGCCACAAAGGUUCAGGGCUGGUUCAGUGGUUCCCCACACUUCUUCCCCCAUCUCCACCAUUUGCACCACAACUAAGCCUAGGUCCCACUGUGAGGGAAACCAUACACCCACUUUUUUCUGAGAAGAACCUUGAUCUAUUUGCAGGUUCCUGUUAUGGAUGUAGAAUUUAGAGUAAUUUUAAGGACCAAGGGACUGCAGUUGGGUCCCUGGGAGUAAGUGUUGGGGGAUAAGAAUAGCAAACACUUGCAUGUGCCAGAUGCGGUUCUGAGCACCAUAUAAACAUUAAAGCAUCUAUGUCUGAACUCUGAGCUGCCUCUGGGCGCUGAUGAUCAUGGUUGCCAUGGUCAGGCCAGCAGACACGGAGGGUGGUCAACGGAGACAGUGACCUGGGACGGCUGAGGUGGCUUCUGAAGAGCCUUGAGGGGAUGAUACCAAAAGCUGGGAGAAAUGGAGGACUUCCCCAUUAUCCUGGUUCCGGGGCCUGGAGGAUGAUGCUGUGGUUGCCGAACUUGGGCUGGACUUUCAGAGAUUCCUAACCUUGAACCGGACCUUGCUAGUGGCUGCCCGGGAUCACGUUUUCUCCUUCGAUCUUCAAGCCCAGGAGGCAGGGGAGGGGCUGGUGCCCAACAAGUAUCUAACAUGGCGGAGCCAAGACAUGGAGAACUGUGUUGUGCGGGGAAAGCUGACGGACGAGUGCCACAACUAUAUUCGUGUUCUUGUGCCCUGGGACUCCCAGACACUCCUUGCCUGUGGAACGAACUCAUUCAGCCCCGUGUGCCGCAGCUAUGGGAUAACUUCGCUGCAGCAGGAGGGUGAAGAGCUGAGUGGGCAGGCUCGAUGCCCCUUUGAUGCUACCCAGUCCAACGUGGCCAUCUUUGCAGAGGGCAGCCUAUACUCAGCCACAGCUGCGGAUUUCCAGGCCAGUGAUGCUGUGGUUUACAGAAGCCUUGGGCCUCAGCCCCCACUCCGCUCCGCCAAGUACGACUCCAAGUGGCUCAGAGAGCCACACUUCGUCCAUGCCUUGGAGCACGGAGACCAUGUCUACUUCUUCUUCCGAGAGGUCUCUGUGGAGGAUGCUCGGCUGGGAAGGGUGCAGUUCUCCAGGGUGGCCCGAGUAUGUAAACGUGACAUGGGCGGCUCACCUCGGGCCUUGGACCGCCACUGGACAUCCUUCCUGAAGCUGCGGCUCAACUGCUCUGUUCCUGGAGAUUCUACCUUCUAUUUUGACGUCUUACAGGCCUUAACUGGGCCUGUGAACUUGUAUGGCCGCUCUGCUCUCUUUGGGGUCUUCACCACGCAGACCAAUAGCAUCCCUGGCUCUGCAGUCUGUGCCUUCUACCUGGAUGAUAUCGAGCAUGCGUUUGAGGGCAAGUUCAAGGAGCAGAGGAGUCUGGAUGGGGCCUGGACACCCGUAUCUGAAGACAGGGUUCCCUCCCCCAGGCCAGGAUCCUGUGCAGGUGUAGGUGUGGCUGCCUUGUUCCCCUCUUCCAGAGAUCUCCCUGACGACGUCCUGACCUUUAUCAAGGCUCACCCACUGCUGGACCCGGCCGUGCCACCUGCUACCCAUCAGCCUCUGCUCACCCUCACCAGCAGGGCUCUAUUGACCCAGUUAGCUGUGGAUGGUAGGGCUGGUCCCUACGGUAACACCACAGUCCUGUUCCUGGGCUCCGAAGAUGGGACAGUGCUGAAGGUACUGCCCCCAGGGGGGCCAUCAGGGGGCCCUGAGCCCAUCCUGUUGGAAGAAAUCAAUGCCUACAGCCCUGCCAGGUGCAGUGGGAAGCGGGCAGCCCAAACGGCACGGCGGGUCAUAGGGCUGGAGCUGGACACUGAAGGUCACAGGCUCUUUGUGGCUUUUUCUGGCUGCAUCAUCUACCUCCCUCUCAGUCGGUGUGCCCGGCACGGGGCCUGUCAGAGGAGCUGUCUGGCUUCUCAGGACCCAUACUGUGGAUGGCACAGCUCCAGAGGCUGUGUGGAUAUCAGGGGACCUGGUGGGACUGAUGUGGAUCCGGCUGGGAACCAGGAAUCCACGGAGCACAGUGACUGCCAAGAUGGAGCUACUGGGAGUCAGUCUGGUACAGGGGAUUCUGCUUAUGUGCUUCUGGGUCCUGGCCCUUCCCCUGAGACCCCCAGCCCCCUCAGUGAUGCCCACCCCCGGCCCCAGUCUUCCACUAUUGGAGCUCACACUCAGGCAGGCGUGCGCCGGGACCUCCCCCCAGCCUCAGCCUCCCUCUCCGUCCCCAUCCCACUCCUUCUGGCCUGUGCUGCCGCAGCCUUCGCUCUGGGCGCCUCAGUCUCUGGCCUCCUGGUCUCCUGCGCGUGCCGCCGAGCCCACCGACGUCGGAACAAGGACGUCGAGACUCCGGGGCUCCCGCGCCCUCUCUCCCUUCGCAGCUUGGCCCGGCUGCACGGUGCGGGCCCGGAGCCGCCGCAGUCCAAGGACGGAGACGGGGCGCAGCCGCCCCAGCUCUACACCACCUUCCUGCCUCCCCCCGAGGGCGUGGCCCCGCCGGAGCUGGCCUGCCUGCCCACGCCGGAGUCCACGCCCGAGCUGCCGGCCAAGCACCUCCACCACGCCGGGGGCCCCUGGGAGUGGAACCAGAACGGGAACAAUGCCAAGGAGGGCCAGGGCCGCGUGCGGGGCGGGAAUGCGGCGGGCGGCCCCGCGCCCCGCGUGCUGGUGAGGCCGCCGCCGCCCGGCUGUCCCGGGCAGGCGGUGGAGGUCACCACCCUGGAAGAACUGCUGCGCUACCUGCACGGUCCGCAGCCACCCAGGAAGGGGGCCGAGCCCUUGGCCGCGGCCGCGUUUACCUCGCGGGCGCUCCCGCCGGAACCCAGCCCCACCCCCACCCUGUUCGCGGGCCCCAGCCUCCUGCCCCGGGAGUGUGGCCCGCCAUUGAGGCUGGACGUGCCCCCCGAGGGCAAGUGCGCGGCCCCCUCCACGCGGCCCGCCCUCUCCGCCCCCGCUCCCCGGCUAGGGGUCGGGGGCGGCCGCAGAACGCCCUUCCCCACGCAUCGUGCCCCCCCGGCCCUGCUCACUCGGGUCCCCUCGGGGGGCCCCUCCAGGUACUGUGGGGGGCCCGGGAGACAUCUUCUGUACCUGGGCCGGCCGGAGGGCUAUCGGGGCCGCGCCCUAAAGAGGGUGGACGUCGAGAAGCCGCAGCUGCCCCCGAAGCCGCCCCUCGUCGCGCCCUCCCCCCCGCCGGCCAUCCCCAACGGCAGCCAUUUUCACUUUUAAAGGGAGCUGCGCUGCGUCCUCCAGUUGGGCCCCUGAGGCCCGCGCCUUCCAAGGCCAAGAGCAUGGACGCGUCUCCAAGGACAGAACCCCUCCCUCUCUCCGCGUUCCACACCUCCAGCCUUUCUGGACUCUGAGAGUCUCCUGGGGUCUCAGCCCGCCUCGGGUUUAUUUAUUGACUGUCUUUCCCCCUGUCCUCGAGAGAGGAGUGGGAGGUGAGAAGCUCGCCCCCUCAAUGAGCCAGCUUUUCGGGGGGAACUGGCGCACUCCUACUUCCCCCUCCCUCAGCCAAGCUGCCUUAACUCGCCCCUUCGGACUUCCUCCAUAGACUGUGCCGCGGGCGGGCCGCAGGACGGAUGGACGGACCGACGGGGCUGGGGCCGCGCGCGCGCUGUGUACGGAGUCCUCGGGCCUCCCGGGACGUGCCUCCUCCUACUGUGUAGGAGCCUCCGCUUCCCAAUACAGCUUCUUGUCCCCGA